AUGCGCUGUCACCGGGUACUUCGAUUUGUCUUCUUCUUAUCAGCAUCAGUCGGCAGCCCAUUGCCUUCAUAUGCAUCUAAGGAGGCUUAUGAUAGCCCACACAUUCUUAACAAGCUAUUCAACACAUCCUCAAGUGGCACUCCCUUCAGCACGGGCUUAUACCGGGAUCUAUCCCUGCUCGAGACCAAAAUAUCGGACAUCACAUCAGGAAAAACCAAGGCUGUAUCAACAAUAGAAGAAGGCCUCUCAGUGCUUUCCUCAAUUCCACACACCAACAACCAAACAAUCCUCCAAAGGGCCAUCGACAUAGUAUCCCUAGGUCUAGUCCCAACAACCAUCAUCGACAUCCUCAACGGCAUCACAAACCGCGACAUAAACUCCAUAGCUAACAACAACGCAAAAGAUCCAAGCCCGCGAAUCCACCCAACAAAGUCGUUUUACGACGCACCCUAUGACAUCCCCGAAGCAACCCUCCGCAGCGCAAUCUACAUUCCUCCAACGUUCUCCUAUGGUAACAACAACAAGAUACCCGUGCUUUUAGUCCCAGGAACUGCCGACCCGGCCGGUAGCACCUUCUACUUCAACUAUGCGAAGAUAUUCGCCGCAAAUCCUCAAACAGAACCAGUAUGGGUCAACAUCCCGGGUAACUCGCUGGGCGACAUCCAAAGCAACGCAGAGUACGUCGCAUACGCGAUAAACUACAUCUCGGGGCUCUCGCAGCGUUCCAUCGGGGUUCUCAGCUGGUCGCAAGGCAGCUUGGACGUCCAAUGGGCUUUGAAAUACUGGCCAUCGACACGGGCCGCGGUAAGUGACUUCAUGGCCUUGAGUGGCGAUUUCCAUGGAACGAUUGUUGAGACGUUUUGUCUGCUUGCCGAGCCGGUCUGUUCGCCGGCUGUGCAGCAGCAGGGAUAUGAUACGAAGUUCAUUCGCGCUUUGCGUGGUGAAGAUGGGGACUCGGCGUUCGUACCGACGACGAGCGUGUACUCCGAGAAUGACUUCGUUGUUCAACCACAGAGUGGGAAGUUGGCUUCUGCGGCGCUCGGGGAUGUGCGUGAGGUUGGGGUGUCAAAUGUGCAGGUCCAGGUUGCUUGUGCGGGGCGUGCUGCUGGGGGAUUUUAUUCGCAUUCGGCUAUGUUGGUCAAUCCGUUGGCGUAUGCCUUGUUUUUAGAUGCUUUGGCGCAUGAUGGGCCUGGGCGGUUGGAGAGGAUUGAUCUUAAUGCUGUUUGUGGAGAGUUGCUUGCACCUGGUUUGGAUGUGUAUGAUUUUUUGGGGAUGGAGGCUGUGUCAAAUGUGGUUGGGGUGCUCGAUGUGUUGUUGUAUGGAUUUGAUGGGAGUGAGCCGCCGCUUAAAGACUAUGUUCAUCGCUAG